UGUUUAAAACUGCUUUUAGUUUUGUGAAAUCCAAUGAAUUUCUUUUUAAUGGACAUUUUAAAUCCAUGGCCUUUUAAUCCAAGAAAAACAGUCGUUUGAUGAUCCUGUUUCUUUAAGAAACACUGAACGACGAGCUCGAAACCGACUUCAGCCUCAUCCCUCCCACAGUCUGUGUUACGUCACCCUCUGUCACUCAGCGGUCACCUGCUUCAGCUGAGGGCUGAAACACAAGGGGAGAACACGGAGAAGCUAACAGCCAGUUGCCACAAUGCUCGCUCGCCUGUUAGCGUCGCUCGUCAACAACCUUCAUGUCGUUGAGAAGUUGGCGGAGUCUCGACCGAUUCGCAGGGCGGCUCAGAUCACAGCCUACGCUAUCACUAAGGCUCAGAUAGCCGGACGGGACGCCUCGGAUCGGGUCUUGCGCUCCCAGACGCUACGGCAGGUCCGGGACGAGGCCGGCAAAGUGCCCGGGGAUCUGGGAGAGAUCAGUGGCCGCCUCAAGAGAGUCAGAGACACGUUUGUGAAUGAGGUGAAGUCGGGCUGGAAGGACGGAUCCAGGCAGGUGAAGAAGUGAAGAGGAUGAGCUGGUUGUGGGAUGUGACCGAAACGCUGCUGCUUGAACUAAAUAGAACUAUUGUGUGAGCACAUUGUCUCAGCAAGGCACAGAGACGGCGUGCUGGUGAACCAUCACCAUCAGGGUGUCCUCAGGUGGUCGGUAAUGAUGUCUGUACUCGCAAUCUGCAAGGUCAGUUUAUAACAAACUGUGGUUAGAAAAAUAAAUGUCUUUUUAAACUUCUGAAAACAUGUGGGAACUUGAAGUGUGCUCUUUACCUCCCACCAACCUCUGAUGGUGAUGUGGACGCUUGGGAGAUCAUUUAAGUAAAACAUUUUUUGUUGAGAAGAUUUAGAUUGGCUUCUGAUGAGGACUUCUUGACAUUCAUCCCUUGUAGCAAUCUGUGCAAUCAUUUGCCUGUAACACAUCAUCCUGCCAAAGAGCUUUUUCUGGCUCUGUGUUGCUAGUGUAAAAAAAAAAAAAAAAAGUAUUCCUAUUAUGUGAGAUGUGCUGUGUAUAGACAGUAAAAAGACCUUUUAGAUGUGACUCAAUCAAUAAAGAUUAUAAUUCAAAACA